CGGAGUUUCGUAUCCAAAUCAGUAAACGACACGUAGUCUUUCUCGAGGAUGAGGCAACAACAAGACUCUUGCAAGGGAUCCACAAUACCGCCGGCGAUUGCGAGGAGGAGCAAAUGAGCAGCGUUUCCGUCGCAAUGAAGGUCGCCAUCAUCGGAAGUGGAAUUUCCGGAGCGGUGUGCGCCUCGACUCUGGCAAGGAAUGGAUUCUCCGUCACAAUCUUCGAUUCCGGUCGUGGUCCCGGUGGACGCAUGUCUCAAAGAAGAGAGAUUGGCCAAGAUGGGGAGGAGUUGACCUUCGACCAUGGAGCUCCCUUUUUCUGUGUGAGCAACUCUGAUGCAUUGGCCCUUGUCCACGAGUGGGAGUCCAGAGGUCUUGUUUCUCAAUGGAAACAAGCUUUCGGGAGUUUCGAUUGUGCCUCCAACAAGUUUCUUGGCAUCCAAAAGGAAGGGGAUGGGAACAAGUAUGUGGGUGUUCCGGGCAUGAACUCUAUAUCAAAGGCCUUGUGCCAAGAAUCUGGUGUUCAGAGCAUGUUUGGAACUGGUAUUGCCAAGCUGGAAUGGUUGGAGGAAGAGAUCCCAUGGCUGUUGAAAGAUUCUAAAGGACAAAACGUGGGUCGUUUCCAUGGAGUGGUUGCAUCAGAUAAGAACAUUGUCUCUCCAAGGUUUACUCAACUCCCACCGCCUCUGGACCUAAAUCUAGUCCCCGAGUUGGCGACUAAGCUGCAGCAACAUAUUCCUGUUCUACCAUGCUUCUCUCUUAUGCUAGCUUUCAAGGAGCCAUUGUCUUUGAUACCAGCAAAAGGCUUAUCUUUCAAAAAUUCAGAGAUCUUGAGCUGGGCUCAUUGUGAUAGCGCUAAGCCAGGGCGGUCUACGGAUAGUGAAAGAUGGAUACUGCAUUCUACUCCAGACUAUGCCAAGAGCGUAAUUGCCAAGACCGGUCUGCAAAAGCUAUCGAAUGAAACACUGAACCAAAUAUCUGAAGAGAUGUUCAAAGAGUUUCAGCGCUCAGGCCUAGUUACGUGUCUGCCCUUUUUCAUGAAAGCCCACAGAUGGGGAAGUGCGUUUCCAGCGAAAAGCAUAGCCGUAGAGGAGAGGUGCCUGUGGGAUAGAAAGAGGAACCUAGCAAUCUGUGGAGAUUUCUGUGUGAGCCCAAACGUCGAAGGUGCCAUACUCAGUGGCUUAGCUGCCGCUUCAAAGCUUUUGCAGACUUCCAGCUGCUUAUAGCUAUCCGAUUGAGUGUAUCCCAAUAAUACGAAACAGAGUUAUAUAAAGAUUCUAGGAGAAUCACUUGUGGAGCGUAUCAACAUUCAAGAUCAGACAUCAUGUAAAAAAUAAAGAAGGUUGACACUGGUUAAUGAAAAUAGUAAAUUAACUUGAUAGUCUCUGCUUAUGUGAUGUACAAAACCAGACAAUGCAUUUGCGUUGAUGAAUCUAAGUGCACUGGUUGACUCAAUAUAUUUUCUUACCGAGGAAGCUUGUGAUUCUAAGGUUUUUGUUCUGAAAAUUGAUUCUGAUUAUUGCAGAGGCACUGCCUUGCCAUGCAAUCAAUUUAUCCCACCAUGUUUCAUAUUCAGUUUUCAAUCAAUCGUUCUAGAGGACACUAAGAACCAGGUCUUACAUAUGGAACUGUGAUGUAAUUCAUAUGUAUAACGUCUUAAGUGGUAUUUUACAUGAAUCUAGUGGGUACAAGAGUGAGAAAAUGUUUGUACAAUCAGACACGCACACCCUGAAGAAUUGUUCCAAUCGUGAAUAUGUAUAUAUAAAUGAUAACUCACGUUACACUCGACAAUCAGCAAUUCCAGGCACUACCAAUGUCGGUCAAGAGGCUCCUCCCGGAGCUGCCUUCUGCAUAACUAUCCCCGAUGGUUCCAUCGAUCUUUGUGAGCUGACUCAGCAGAGCUCUGAGAACCAUCUGAUCGGAAGAACAGAAUGAGUCUAGCCCCGGGAGCGUAGCUAAGGCUGAACCACCAGGAAACAAGUGGUUAGGGUUCUUGCAAGGAGUUUUGAGUUCAUUGGUCAGGUUUGCGUUUAGGGUUUGGUUCUGUGACAAAUUGGAGAAGCAGGGCACCUGCUCAUUGAUGAUCAAGUGUUGAUCAUCAGAGAGGUAAGAAGAGGGUUCUUCUUGUUGGUCAAAGUUGAUGUAAGAAUCCAUCAACGGAGGAAGAGAGGAAGAGGCUGUCUCACCAACAAAACAGCUUCCCAUGUUGUUGUCUCUACAUGACACUCCUUCUGUAUUCUUGUGGAACACUCUACACAAGACCCAGUCUUCCUUUGGAGAAUCCACGGGAGGAUCAAAGGAUCCCUGGAGACGAAACUCGUGCAUGACCCAUUCGGUUUUGCGACCUCGGGGAGCUCGACCUUGAUAGAACACCAAUGUCUUCCUCAUCCCAACAAGCUUACCCUUUCUUUGAAUGGCUCUGUCUUUCCCUGUCGCUUUCCAGUAUCCGGUGGCCGUUGCUCUGUUUGUUCUCAGCCCCGUCGCGUAUUUCCGAUCUCUUUGGCUGUAGAAGUACCAAUCUUUCCCUCCCACACAUGCCAUUUCUGGGGAUGUCCCAGGGCUCGCACUUGUUGAGAUCGACUUGGAUCAAGAAGAGAGGAGGAGGAGUGUGAAGCAAUCGUCUCAUAAGGUAAUCGCAGACAAGCUCGUCGUCUUUCGGGUGAAAUCUGAAUCCAGGCGGCAACUUUGCCUCCACCAUGCUUAUACUACUUUCCUUCUUCUCUUCCUCUGUCUCCAUAUUUGAAUAUGAUCCCCUCACUAGGUUUUAAUAUUUGAUGAGGAUGGUCUUUCUUGAUUAAUUAAGAGGAAAAGAGAGAGAGAGAGAGAAGAAUGAUUAUUGGUAUCAUUUGGGUGUGUCCGAGGAGGAAGACCCGUGAUUUAAGUAGUAAUUUCCCAAUUAGCCGUCAGCUUCUAUGUAUUUUUAUUCCCG